AUGCGUCAACAAAUCCAACAAUGGCAAAUCGCAGUUGUAAAUGGCCAACAAAUCUCACCACCCGCGGGGUCACAAUCUUCUGGACAGCCUCCAUCAAGUGUAUGGAUUCAAGUCCCGGCUAACGGAUAUUACCCUCCGCCAUCAUACCCAUAUCCGUCGUAUCCUCUCCAACAAUACCCAUCACCAUACUCACCUCCGUCUUACCCACCGCCAUCUUGCCCAUCAUCCUCAUACCCACCGCCAUCCUAUCCACCUCCUUCAUACACACAGCCAUCGCCGUAUCCUCAACCGUCACCAUAUCCUCAACCAUCUCCUUAUCCUCAACCUUUACCAUACCCACAACAGCCAUUAUAUCCACCGUAACCGGUACCAAGUCCAACGACUGAUAUACCCGAAUUACCAUCAGAAGCAUCCGGAGUAAUAACUCCUCAGCCAGAAGUCCCAGUACCAGAAUCUCCCGUUCCAGAAUAUUCAUCAUCACCAGCACCAGAAAAUCCAUCCUCGAAAGCACCAGAAUAUCCAUCUACACCAUCAUCAGAGCAAGCAACUCCGCCUCCAGAAAUUGCAGAUCCCGAUAUUCCGGAAAUUACGCAAGCACCAACAGAUAAGCCGUACCCGACCACAUUAAAACUCGAAGGUUCUACAGAUUUACCGGAAAUUAUUCCGGCAUAUCCGGAUACACAACAAUCCGAAUAACCAGGAGUACCCUUACACCCGGGACAACCAGAAGUAUAGACAACUAUUCAACUUCGAUACAUCGUUUGAAAGUUAUACAGAUCAACCAACUUAUCCAGAAAAACCUAGUUCGGAAAAUCCCGGAGAAGAACCAGAAGUCACAACAAGUACCGGAACCACAUACUCUCCCGACUACGAAGUUCCGUCGUCAACCGGAUCCCCAUCAUCAGACGUAUUAAAAGCUCAAUGUAAGCAGCCGAGGGGACAAUUCCCGAGCGAGAGCUCUUGCAACAAAUUCAUAAACUGUUGGGACGAAACUGCUAUCGAACAAACGUGUCCCGCGGGAUUAGUGUUCAACCCGGAAAAGAGUUACUGUGAUUAUCCAUCAUACGUGGACUGUGGUUCUAGACCUAUUACAGGUAAAUACAAUAUUCCUGUAUUUCGUUUUUAUAAACGGUUGUUUAUUUUUCUACUGUGUAUCACAAAAUAAAAUGUUUAAUAUGUUUAAAAAUUACGAUUUAACGUUUAUUUUUUCAGUAAACGAAACCAGCAACAAUACAAAAUGUCCAGAUGGCUACGGAACAUACCGAAGCAAAGAAAACUGCGGAGCUUUUUACGUCUGUGUAGCCGGAUCUCCGGUAGAUUUCAUUUGUCCCGGGGGCACUUACUACAAUGAGGUAAAUUUCAGAAACUUUAGAAGAAGAAAAAAUCGAUAUAUCAUAGUCUUUUUUUUUUAUUUGAAAUUGUUUUUAGGAUUUCAAAAUCUGUGACUACCCAUACCGCGUGGACUGCAAAGGAUUGCCAAGCAAUCCCGAACCAAUUGAGACUGGAACUGAAGUCGAGCCUAACACUACCUACGCACCUGAAGUGUCGUCCGCCGGCGUUACCACCGAGGCGCAGUCGUCCACCGCGUCGUACGUACUGCUCUCUUCGGCCGAAUCUUCGCCCGCCACAGAAGUGGUACCUACCAUUACCACCGCCGUUGCACCUGUUGUAGCCGACCCAAUAGCUAUUUACAACUACAACCUGAGAAAAAUCCCAGCGAGUGCGCAGUUUGCUUUACGAAUUAAUUAUAGUGCCACCAUCCCAAACCAAAACAGAUUUUUUUCAUUUCUAGUCACCAAAAAUACAAUUUUGAGUCGACAUUUCCAUCGCUGUAUCCCCGUCCCCUAUAUUUUCUCAGAGGUGGCCAUUACCUAGCACAUUAAUAAUAUCAUGUCCGUUUACACGUUUAGGUUUGGUGAACACCGGCGUCCGUUGUAGCCACAAGAACAUUUACCGACUCACUCCCGACUGUUCUUCGGUGAUCCUAUGUCGUGAAGGAUUCACACACAUACUCAAUUGUGGACACGAAACCUCCUAUGAUAUAGUAAGCCAAAAGUGUAUGGAAAGCAGAAGAGCGAAUUGCAUAUUUUUACCAUGGUACCCCGGUGAACGGGUUCACCGGGGUACCGGUAAAAUGCCGCCCGAAUGAAAGAUGUACUAUUCCCCUCCAAGGUCAAUUUGUCGUAGUUAUGUCGUCGUCGAAAAUAAAAGAGAAUCUUUUAUUUUGGGCAAGUAUCCAGCUUAAAAAAGUUUAGUGAAUGCAAACAAAAUAUUAAUUCUGAGUUUUUUUUUUAAGUGGGGUGUCUAAUCAGUAGUAUUUACGACGGAGAGUAUUAUUUUUUAGUAAUCGAACAAUGUUUGGUGGGUUCGGACCUACGUUGGCUCAACGCCGUUUAAUUUACGAUAAUUACCUUAAUUCGUUAUCAAAAGAAGAAAAAGAAAAAAAAUAAGAGAUAAAGAAAUUGCUGAUAAUGCUUGAUAAUGGAGAUAUCACAUUGCCGGGACAUCAAUUCGUCGGACCAGGGAACAGGGUAGUCAACUCUGAAGGUAUUUCAAAUUUCAACGCAUUACCGCACAACACUGUACAGAUUGGGUAGCUUCGGAACAUGAUGUCGACUAUCACAACGCUUCGGUUACCGGGCAACGUAAUAUCAAUGACAUCGCCUCGUUGGAUGAUAAAGCUAUAAACAAUACUGUUAAGGAAUGUUUAAGUAAAGAUCCACUAGAGAGCUCUUUUCUAAUCGGUGGUUUAACUGGUAAACAAGCUCUCGAAAACACUUACAAUCAAACAGUCGGCUUCGUGUUUGGAGACAAGGCGGUCUAUCCUACAUCCAGUUCUACUAGCAAGUCUACAAUCGAUUGGUUUAGUACGCCCAAGUUCUAG